CGUAAACUAUCCCAAGCCCCACAGUCAGCAGCACAUUUAACAGUGCUGGGGAUGGCGGUAGAUGGAUGCUUUUGCUACGUAUUCUUCCUGCCACCCAUUCAACGCCAUCAUCAGCUUGUGCUGGCAAAGAGAGAGGUGUGCUGCUAGCUAGCUGGUUGGGAAAAGCGCUCGACGUUGGUUAGCCAGAUAUUCAGCAUAAAGGCUGCAAGCAGUCAGUGGAACUCUGGAUAGCUCGCUAGCUUUUUGAUAAAAUACAUGGCUUUAACGAUGUCGUCAGCACGCGACGGAAUAAUUUUUUUCUGAAACAACCACUUGAAGACUAACCUAAACUAGCUAGAUAAAAAGUGACUAGCUAUUUUAAUUGAUUCAUAGCUUUAGCUAGCUGCAAGCUAAUCUUCGACACAAAGCUACUGACUGUUAGUUGGUUAUAUUGUGAACUUCAUGGCCAACAAAAGGACUCUUGUCUGAUGAAGCACAUCACAGGAUUUACUUUUCCAGCUCUAAAAAGUAGCACGACUCCACUGGAGAAGGACGCAAAAUGAAGAAACAGUUCAAUCGGAUGAAACAACUCGCCAACCAAACAGUUGGCAGAGCAGAGAAAACAGAAGUUCUUAGCGAUGACCUUCUACAGAUUGAGCGGCGCAUGGAGAUGGUACGUGUGGUCUCCCACAACACACACAAGAGGAUGGUCACGUGUCUGCAGGGCCACAUUGGCACCGACGCAGAGAAGAGACAUAAAAAGCUUCCUCUGACAGCACUGUCUCAAGCCAUGGUGGACGGAGGCAGUCAGCUGGGAGAGGAGUCUCUGAUUGGGAAAAUGAUGGAGGUGUGUGGGGAGGCAGAGAACAGGCUGGCGUCAGAGCUGCUGCAGCAUGAGGUUCAGAUAGAGAAAGACGUGCUAGACCCCCUCAACCAGCUAGCAGAGGUGGACAUUCCCAACAUCCUGAAACAGAGGAAGCAGCUAGCCAGGCUAGUUCUUGACUAUGAUUCUGCCAGAGCGAGGUGGUUGCAGGCAACCAAGUCGAUAAUCUCAGGAACAAACACUCAAGCACUGACGGCCAAGGCAGACCUGCUCAAAGAGGAGGUGGAUGAAGCUAUGAAUAAAAUGGAACUGUGCAAGGAUCAACUGGCUGCAGACAUGUACAAUUUCUUCUCAAAGGAAGGGGACUAUGCCCGCUACUACGUAAUGCUUUUAGAGGCCCAAGCUGAUUACCAUAGAAAAUCUCUGACUGUCCUCGAGAGUGUCCUACCAACCAUACAAGCACAGCAAGACUCGUGGACAGAGAAGCCAGCGUUUGGGACGGGGCUGGAGGAGCAUCUGAAGAGAAGCAGCAGAGAGAUCGCUCUGCCCUUAGAGGCCUGCAUCAUGAUGCUGCUGGAGACUGGCAUGAAGGAGGAGGGCCUCUUCAGGAUCGCAGCAGGGACCUCAAAACUGAAGAAGCUCAAGGCUGCUCUGGACUGUUCCACCUCACAGCUGGAGGAGUUCUACUCGGACCCCCACGCUGUCGCUGGAGCCCUGAAGUCUUACCUGAGAGAACUGCCUGAACCUCUGAUGAGCUUCCAGCUUUACGACGAGUGGAUUCAGGCGUCUAGUGUUCCAGAGCCAGACAAGCGUCUGCAGGCCCUCUGGGUUGUGUGUGAUCAAUUACCAAAGAACAACAAAGCCAACCUAAGGUAUCUGGUGAAGUUCCUGUCCAAGCUGGCUCAGGACAGUGAGGUCAACAAGAUGACCCCUAGCAACAUCGCCAUUGUACUGGGACCAAACCUGCUGUGGGCCAAAACAGAGGGCACUCUAGCUGAGAUGGCUGCUGCUACCUCUGUUCACGUGGUGACCAUCAUAGAACCCAUCAUACAACACGCUGACUGGUUCUUCCCUGAGGAUGUGGAGUUUAAUGUAUCAGGGAUGUUCGCCAUGCCCACUCCUCCUUCCAACCACAUCAACCACUCUAUGGAGUACGACUGUUCCACCAUCGAGAGGAAGAGGCCUGGUAGCAUGGUGGGGCCAGAGAACGAUACCCUUCGCAAGGACAGUUCUGCUAACAAACUGUCGGACCAUAACACCACCCCCCGUAGAGGCAGCAACAUGUUAGGUAGAAAGCAGCAUGUUUCACCCGCCUUCCUGUCCCCCUUACCCCCGGUGGAGUCCCCAGGGCCUGGGCAGGUCACAGGGUGUGUGGCUGAGCUCCAGGCCCCGACGGAGGGCAUGGCUAUGGAGGGCUGCCAGCCUAGCCUGGCACUGGGUAUGGCUGCCCUGGUGGCAGCGCAGCAGCUUCUAGCUACUACUGUGGAGGGUCUCAGCAACCCAAAGCGUGACCCCACCUCCACCCAGACCCUUCAUCAGAGGAACGGUUCAGGAGGGGGCCACCCGGGCACAGCCGGCCCAGCAGGAGGAGGUGGAGCAGGGGGACAGCUGGGAGUGGGAGGCCCUGGGACCGGACCCAUGGGGCCCAGUCCACACAUGAUGAGCAGAGGUACAAAGAAGCCAGCCCCUGCCCCUCCCAAGCUGCUCAACCCCCCUUCAGGCCAGCCCAGUAACCUCACCAACCACAACCCCUCCUCGGGCCAGUCCCUCAGCCCCUCCCCCAGACCCCUCUCUUCCUCAAGCCACUCCCCUACCUCCCCCACCCUGCCCACAUCCCAGCCCUCCACCACCCCCCGCCGCCACUCCAACAACCAGCCCUCCAUCCAGGCCCCCAGCCACCCACCCCCACAGCCCCCCACACCCUCACAGGUCAGCCCCCCGUCCCAACCCAGGGCCCUCAGCCAUCCCACAGGAGACAACCCGGGGGCAGAAUAUUCUCCAACAGACACUCCCACCCCGCCUGACACACCUCCACCCUCCACCGUCCCCCAGGACAUACCCAGUGCCCAUCCAGCCUCCACCUUGCCCUUCCAGUCAGGCUCCCUCCCCCGACCACGCCCUGUCCCCAAACCCAGAAACAGGCCCAACAUUCCUCCACCACCUCAGCCCCCCACACAGGGAAAUGAUACCAACGGGAUCUGCAGCACAGCCUACAAAAUCAUGGUCCUGUGUCCACAGGUUAAGGAGCAUUUAUGAAAGAGGUUUGUCAGGACUUGUAUUUUGCAGCUGCUGCACGCCAUCCAUUUCUGAUUAUUCCAUUACCACAACAUACUUAUAGAAACCUACCACUUUUGUGCCUGCUUUUCUAAUAGAUGUUUUAUCAUCGAUCCCAUUGACCAUGAACCAUCAUGACAUUCAACCUUCAUUAUUAAAUCAUUUAAAUGUCAGUAACAUUUUGAUGUGGGGUUUUCAAAGGACAUCUCUAAUGGUUUGUCUCUAAAUGAUGAGAGGAGACCAGAAACGGAAAACUGUUUUGAUUCAUGGAAUUGGCAGAAUAUUACCUUUUUUUUUAUUUGAUUGAUUCUGUCGGUAUGUCUUUUGCAAACCCUUCAAUUGCAUUUGUUCUCCCUCUGGAUAUCUUUUUUUCAAUGAAUAUAAGUCAUUGUCAUCUUGAUUAGAAGACUCUGAAGUUGACUCCCUCCUUGUUUUGGCCUGUACUAUUGUACAUAAAUAAACAUCAAAAUAUCAUUCUAGCAUGAUCAGACCAUUUAGGAUGAAAGUUCUAUGGCCGAGAGCUGGGCCAUAUGGACAAAAAUACAUAUCGCCAUAAAUUGCCUGAAUUGAUGCGAUAAAUAGAACGAUACUUUUAUAACUAUUGUGCUCCACCAUUUUUGUAUUAUUAUCUACUUAUUUCAUUUCAAACUGAAUUUCUCUUUUAUAGGCCACUUAUCGCAAUUAAUGAUAUCAGUAAAACAAAGGCUUGUGAAAACUGAUCUGUAUGGUCGGUGUUGAUUUAGUUUUCGGUUUAUCUUCGCAGCUCUACUAUAACCUGUCUUGUCUUGGUGUUUUAAUGUGGCAACCCGACCGCAUCAGGUUUUAGUGUUCCGGUAUGCAUGGGACAGGAUUGUGUUUUAGAAGUUGCAUGCCUUGGAUGCAUUUGAAGCAUGAGGCUCUCUUCAACUCAACAGUUCUGAGCAGAAUAGUGAUGACAGCAGCAAUGUGGUUUUCAAAAGAGAAAUGUCUGCUUUAUAUUCCUUUGAUGGAAUGUGGAUAGCAUUCGCGUGACUGUUUCAAAAGAAAUCUGUGGUUCGGCAUCCUCUCUGAUAUGCUGCCACUUAAUGCUACUUGAUGAUUCACUGCUAUUUCCCUUUUUUGAUCUUGAAGCCAAUGGAAAAUGGUAAACAAUGGUAGUAGAUUUCAAAGGUUGACGUCACUGUUUGGAUGUAAGGUCCUUCAGAUUGAGGAUGUGACAGUCUGUACUGGAGGUAAAAUUGCAUUUUGCUUGUCUCUCUUUAUGCACGUCAACCAUGCUUGCCAAAACGUACUAACAUUGAACACAUAUAUUUUCAAGUGACUUUUUGAUGAUUUUAAUAUCAGCUAUUUAGUUUUCCCCUUCAGGAAUUUCUAUUCAUUGACUUCUUAGUACUUUGACUUUGUUAAUACACAAUAUUUAGCUGAAGUCAGAUUCAGUGUCUGAUUUUCUACAAUCACUCAACUACUACAGCUUAACAGACUUAACUCCUCAGUCAGCUGGAGCAGUAACAUUUCACUCUCUCUGUCCUGUCCAGACCCAGCGCUGUCUCUCAAAGGGUUGACCCGAGCCUUCGUCCCCGAGUUUGCUGUGGACCAGCAGCCAGUGACCGCCCCCUCCAUGGCCCCCAUGACAUCCGUGCCCCAGCCCAAAGACUCAGACCUGGACACAGAGAGUACCAUCCUAUAAUGAAGAGGACUGGGCUUGGCUCUCUCUCCCCUCCAGGUGUGGGUAGAAGUUGAACCUAACCACAGGUCCAGGGUCAGAUAGUAGUUUCAUCCCCUAAUGGAUAACUACACGACUAGGUAUAGGGAGAUUUGGUUCUAGAUCUGUGGUUAGUGGUAACUUCUACCGCAGGCUCCCCUCAGAUCACCACACCUCUGCUGCUCUCUGCCAACUCCACCUCCAUGUCCACCACACACUAACUUACCCACCAUCAUUACCACCUUGGUCCGCUCCACCUCAGCCUUGUUACAACUACUACUAUAUACAAUCAACUCAACCACCUUAGGGGGACUACAGAAUAAAGCUGAAUAAAUAACAUUUUUGCAAUGAAAACGGUAUGUUUUUGCAUGGGAUGUUGCACCUGAAGGGACUGGUAAGUGGGUUGUUAACAGUGGACUGACAGACUUUGAUAUUGGUGUGAGGUGUUUUGUUGUUGAUUAUGAUGAUGGCCUUAGAACUAAAGAAUACUAUUUGUAAAUGUAAAGCACAGGAAAUGUGGGUAAAAGUAGAAUCCCCCCCCAAAAAAGAAUUGUUGCUGAAAGUGUAGCUCGUGACUGCAGGUUUCCAGUCGUCUCAAACACUUUGACCUUUUUAUCCCUGUUUUGUAUGAAACCUAUCCUUUGCUCUGUAUUUAUUUAAAACGCAUUCCCUGUGGCUUAAGUUAAAAAUCAUGUAGUUUUCUGAAUCAUGCCUUACUGGUUCCAUAACUUGUUGUAGCAGUGUUAGGUCAAUAGACUGUGUAUAUGCUGAGCCUCUUGGAUUGUAGGGGCUUUCCUAACCUUCUGUGUUUACUCUGAAGUUGUUGGGGCAUUAAAGUGACAGUUCCAGUAUAAGUGAAUGUUGGAAAGGACGGUUUUAAGCGCUUCUACUAUAGCUACUUUGUCAUCUGUCUAGUGAAUCACUUCAACAGUUGAUAUUGAACCAAGUCUAAACCCCACAGGCGCUUGCUUUCCAGUGAACAGGUUUCUAUAUGGAAGGUCAUUCUGCUAUCUUUCCCACGGAGCUGGGUUUUACACACAAACUGAUGUAACAACCUAGUAGUGAGGUGGUGGUAGAUUCACUAGACUUUUUUCUGUUGCUUUUCCUUUAAUAUAAUGCAGGGUUGUGCUCCUAGAGAACCUGAAUGGUACCAACUAAAGGGCACAUUUCUGGAUGCUUCAGUUUCCCUGAACACAUGUUCAGUAAUUGUACUGCUUUUCAGAGACGAUCAUCAUCCAUAUAGUCUUACUGAGAGACGAUCAUCAUCCAUAUAGUCUUACUGAGAGACGAUCAUCAUCCAUAUAGUCUUACUGAGAGACGAUCAUCAUCCAUAUAGUCUUACUGAGAGACGAUCAUCAUCCAUAUAGUCUUACUGAGAUUCCCCCCCUUCUCUCUUGCUCCUUUAACUUGCUGCCUUAUCCUUCAGCAGAAAAAGCACCUUGUUUGGAGGCUCUGAAAGACUAACAAGCCAUUAAACUAAAAAUGUUAAAGCUGCAUUUUAAGCUCAGUUUUGUAUGCAGACUGUUGAGCUUAAACAAGAAAUGCAUCAAAUGGCAAAUGAAUGCUUGGUUAUACUCCCUGUCUGUAUCAAAUAAAUGAAAUGAAUGCUUGGUUAUACUCCCUGUCUGAGUAAAAUAAAUGAAAUGAAUGCUUGGUUAUACUCCCUGUCUGAGUAAAAUAAAUGAAAUGAAUGCUUGGUUAUACUCCCUGUCUGAGUAAAAUAAAUGAAAUGAAUGCUUGGUUAUACUCCCUGUCUGAGUAAAAUAAAUGAAAUGAAUGCUUGGUUAUACUCCCUGUCUGAAUAAAAUAAAGUAUAUGAAGAAAAAGUUGAAA